GAAAUGAAAAAUAACCACAAUUGUCCGAAAUCAACAAAUCAAAUUCAUACCACUAGGUUAGGGCUUCUUCAUCUCUCUCUCUAAUAGCUUUGUGUUGCUCUCACUUACUUACUCUGUCUUCCUUCAUCCAUCAAUGGCCACUCUCUCCUUCCACUCUCCAUCCAAACCAACUUCCCAUUUCCACCUCAAACCCAAACCAUCCCCGCCGUUACUCGCCAAAGUCUCCCUCUUUCGAUGCAGAGCCUCCGUACAAACCCUCGUCGCCGUCGAGCCGGAGCCCCUUUUCACCUCCGUCAACACUUUCGCGCCGGCGACCGUCGCUAACCUAGGCCCAGGCUUCGACUUCCUCGGAUGCGCCGUCGACGGUCUCGGCGACCGCGUCACUCUCCGCGUCGACCCCUCCGUUCGCGCCGGCGAGGUCUCGAUCUCGGAGAUCACCGGAACCACGUCGAAGCUCAGCACCAACCCUCUCCGGAACUGCGCCGGAAUCGCGGCCAUCGCGACGAUGAAGAUGCUGGGGAUAAGAUCCGUCGGGCUGUCGUUGGAUCUGCACAAGGGUCUUCCUUUAGGGAGCGGUCUAGGCUCGAGCGCAGCCAGCGCCGCCGCGGCCGCCGUGGCGGUUAACGAGAUAUUCGGGCGGAAGCUAGGGAGCGAGGAGCUGGUUUUAGCCGGUUUGGAGUCGGAAGCUAAAGUCUCCGGUUAUCACGCCGAUAACAUAGCGCCGGCGAUCAUGGGAGGGUUCGUUCUGAUAAGGAGCUACGAGCCGCUUGAUCUGAAACCGCUGAGAUUCCCUUCCGACAAAGAUCUCUUCUUUGUCCUGGUGAGCCCCGAGUUCGAAGCUCCGACCAAGAAGAUGAGAGCCGCGUUGCCUGCAGAGAUUCCGAUGGCUCACCAUGUCUGGAACAGUAGCCAGGCGGCUGCUUUGGUGGCGGCGGUGCUGGAGGGAGACGCGGUGAUGCUGGGGAAGGCUUUGUCGGCGGAUAGAGUUGUGGAGCCGACGAGAGCUCCGUUGAUCCCGGGGAUGGAAGCUGUGAAGAAGGCGGCUUUGGAGGCCGGAGCGUUUGGAUGCACGAUCAGUGGAGCUGGACCGACGGCGGUUGCGGUGGUUGACGUGGAGGAGAGAGGUGAAGAGAUUGGAGAGAAGAUGGUGGAAGCUUUUAUGAAAGUUGGGAACUUGAGAUCUGUUGCUUCUGUGAAGAAGCUUGAUAAGAUUGGUGCGAGGCUUGUUAGUAGCAUCUCCAGGUGAUGUUUUGAGAUUUUUCGUGGGACUUGAAUAGAUGAUAAUAAAGAUCCCAAGAUUGAAUUUGUAUCCACUCUAAAGAGAGAGAGAGAGAGAGAAGUAUAGAGAUGAUUGUUUUCUGAGUACAAGGAACAAUGUUCAGUCUCUUGUGGCAAUGCCUUUGGUUUCUUCCGAGACUUUGAUAGGGAGGGCAUUGUAAAAAUGUGGCUUCUUGGAUGUUUUGAGGGAUCGGAUGUUCAAUGAUUUACAGGUUUGUGAUUUCAAAUAAAACUGCUACAGUUUUUGUGUA